AUGGAGGCAGGAGAUGGUAGCCCGACCAGCGAGUUGCUCGCGCCACAGCCGCCGCCGCUGCCGGAGAGGAUCAAUCGCGGCGGCAAGAGGGCAAGGGACGGGCCGCUGCUGUUCGGUACCCAAUUGAUCAAGCACGAAGGGAAAGACGACGAACUCGUGGUUGAAGCCGCACCACAAGGAGCAGAAGCAAUCGUCCCAUCGGAGUCCCCGGAAAAGCAGCCGCCGGCGGCCGUUCAGGUGGACAAGGCCAAGCUCUACUGCUCGCUGGGCGCCUGCUCGUUAACGCCUCCCAUCUACCAGGUCGGGCUCAUGAUCUCUUGCGCGGUGGGGCACCUGGCGUGCUGCAGCUGCCGCGUGAAGUUCCCCGGCCGCCGCUGCCGGACCUGCCGCGACCGCGGCACCGCCUCCUCCGCCUACGCGCACUGCCCCGGCCUCGACCUCUUCUUCGGCGACCUCCGCGUGCCGUGCGACUUCGAGGAGUACGGCUGCAGGGCCUACGUCCCCUACUUCCUCGGCGCCAAGUACCGGGGCACGUGCGAGCACGCCCCGUGCCACUGCCCGGAGCCCGGCUGCUCUCUCCUCUGCUCGCCGCGGACGCUUGCCGCCCACCUCGCCGUCGACCACUACUGGACCGUCUACGAGGUCGCCUACGGCACGCCGCUCCCGCUUGCCAUCUCGGUGCCCGCGGUGGCAGCCUCGGGGUCGCCGGCCCCGGCGCGGGACCUCCGGCUGCUGCGCGGGGACGACGCGUCGCUAUUACUGAUGGCCGUGGGCCCGCUGAGCGACGGCGCGGCGGUGUCGGUGGUGCUUGUCCGGGCCACGGCCAGCCCUCCGGCACUCCCGCGGUACACGUGCACGUUCUAUGCGAACCCGCCCCUGGGCGCGGCGGACCUCGAGGGGGGAUACUUCUUCGCGACCGUGCCGGUGAGGAGCAGCGCGCUGGCAGACGGCGCCGGCGUCGCGCCGGAGAAGGAGCUGUACUUCGCCGUGCCCUGGGAGAUGCUGUGCGGGGGCAGCAGGGAGCUGCUCGGCUGCUCCUCUCCGUCCGCAUCGAUCGCUCGUCGGGACCUGAACCUCCUGUCCAAGACAAGAAGAAGAUCACUGAGAGCUGAUCAGUAA